AUGGCGCUGCUCGCCGCGCUCGCCCUCUGCCUGCUCCUGCCGCCCGGCGCCCGCGCCCAGAGCGCCGCAGGUGGCUGUUCCUUUGAUGAGCACUACAGCAACUGUGGUUACAGCGUGGCCCUGGGGACCAAUGGAUUUACCUGGGAGCAGAUUAACACGUGGGAGAAACCAAUGCUGGACCCAGCCGUGCCCACAGGCUCCUUCAUGAUGGUGAACAGCUCCGGGAGGGCCUCCGGCCAGAAGGCCCACCUCCUCCUGCCCACCCUGAAGGAGAACGACACUCACUGCAUCGACUUCCAUUACUACUUCUCCAGCCGCGACAGGUCCAGCCCAGGCGCCCUGAACGUCUACGUGAAGGUGAACGGAGGGCCCCAGGGGAACCCCGUCUGGAACGUGUCCGGCGUGGUCACCGAGGGCUGGGUGAAGGCGGAGCUGGCCAUCAGCACCUUCUGGCCACAUUUCUACCAGGUGAUAUUUGAAUCCGUCUCUUUGAAAGGUCAUCCUGGCUACAUCGCUGUGGACGAGGUCCGGGUCCUCGCACAUCCAUGCAGAAAAGCACCUCACUUUCUGCGGCUCCAAAAUGUUGAGGUGAAUGUGGGCCAGAAUGCCACCUUCCAGUGCAUCGCCGGUGGGAAGUGGUCUCAGCAUGACAAACUCUGGCUCCAGCAAUGGAACGGCAGGGACACGGCCCUCAUGGUCACCCGCGUGGUCAACCACCGGCGCUUCUCGGCCACGGUCAGCGUGGCGGACACGGCCCAGCGCAGCGUGAGCAAGUACCGCUGCGUGAUCCGCUCGGACGGCGGCUCCGGCGUGUCCAACUACGCCGAGCUCAUCGUCAAAGAGCCACCCACACCCAUCGCCCCCCCAGAGCUGCUGGCUGUGGGCGCCACGUACCUGUGGAUCAAGCCCAACGCCAACUCCAUCAUCGGGGACGGCCCCAUCAUCCUGAAGGAGGUGGAGUACCGCACCACCACGGGCACCUGGGCCGAGACCCACAUCGUGGACUCGCCCAACUAUAAGCUGUGGCAUCUGGACCCGGAUGUGGAGUAUGAGAUCCGGGUUCUACUCACAAGGCCUGGAGAGGGGGGCACCGGGCCUCCGGGGCCUCCGCUCACCACCAGGACCAAGUGUGCAGACCCCGUGCACGGCCCGCAGAACGUGGAGAUCGUUGACAUCCGGGCGCGGCAGCUGACCCUGCAGUGGGAGCCCUUCGGCUACGCGGUGACCCGCUGCCACAGCUACAACCUCACGGUGCAGUACCAGUACGUGUUCAACCAGCAGCAGUACGAGGCCGAGGAGGUCAUCCAGACCUCCUCCCACUACACCCUGCGUGGCCUGCGGCCCUUCAUGACCAUCCGGCUGCGGCUCCUGCUGUCCAACCCUGAGGGCCGGAUGGAGAGCGAGGAGCUGGUGGUGCAGACGGAGGAGGACGUUCCAGGUGCGGUUCCUCUAGAAUCCAUCCAAGGGGGGCCCUUUGAGGAGAAGAUCUACAUCCAGUGGAAACCGCCCAAUGAGACCAAUGGAGUCAUCACGCUGUACGAGAUCAACUACAAGGCUGUUGGCUCCCUGGACCCGAGCGCCGACCUCUCCAGCCAGAGGGGAAAGGUGUUCAAGCUGCGGAAUGAGACCCACCACCUCUUUGUGGGUCUAUACCCGGGGACCACCUACUCCUUCACCAUCAAGGCCAGCACGGCGAAGGGCUUCGGGCCCCCCGUCACCACGAGGAUCGCCACCAAAAUCUCAGCUCCAUCGAUGCCCGAGUAUGACACAGACUCCCCACUCAACGAGACAGACACGACCAUCACGGUGAUGCUGAAGCCGGCUCAGUCCCGCGGAGCCCCUGUCAGUGUUUACCAGCUGGUUGUCAAGGAGGAAAGACUUCAGAAAUCACGGCGGGCAGCUGACAUCAUUGAGUGCUUUUCGGUGCCUGUGAGCUAUAGAAACGCCUCCAGCCUGGACUCUCUACACUACUUUGCUGCUGAGCUGAAGCCUGCCAACCUGCCUGUCACACAGCCCUUCACAGUGGGUGACAACAAGACAUACAAUGGCUACUGGAACCCUCCUCUUUCCCCUCUGAAAAGCUACAGCAUCUACUUCCAAGCACUCAGCAAAGCCAAUGGAGAGACCAAAAUCAACUGUGUUCGUCUGGCUACGAAAGCACCAAUGGGCAGCGCCCAGGUGACCCCGGGGACUCCACUCUGCCUCCUCACCACAGGUGCUUCCACCCAGAAUUCUAACACCGUGGAGCCAGAGAAGCAGGUGGACAACACCGUGAAGAUGGCUGGAGUAAUCGCUGGCCUUCUGAUGUUCAUCAUCAUUCUCUUGGGUGUGAUGCUCACCAUCAAAAGGAGGAAGCUGGCCAAGAAGCAGAAGGAGACACAGAGCGGAGCCCAGAGGGAGAUGGGGCCUGUGGCCUCGACCGACAAACCCACCACCAAACUCAGCACCAGCCGCAAUGAUGAAGGCUUCUCCUCCAGCUCUCAGGAUGUGAACGGAUUCACAGAUGGCAGCCACGGAGAGCUGUCUCAGCCCACCCUCACCAUCCAGACCCACCCCUACCGGGCCUGCGACCCCAUGGAGAUGAGCUACCCCCGGGACCAGUUCCAGCCGGCCAUCCGCGUGGCUGAUCUGCUGCAGCACAUCACCCAGAUGAAGAGAGGCCAGGGCUACGGGUUCAAGGAGGAAUACGAGGCUUUACCAGAGGGGCAGACGGCUUCAUGGGACACAGCCAAGGAGGAUGAAAAUCGCAACAAGAAUCGAUAUGGAAACAUCAUAUCCUAUGACCAUUCCCGAGUGAGGCUGCUGGUGCUGGAUGGAGACCCACACUCGGACUACAUCAACGCCAACUACAUUGAUGGCUACCAUCGACCUCGGCACUACAUUGCUACUCAAGGUCCGAUGCAGGAGACUGUGAAAGACUUCUGGAGAAUGAUCUGGCAGGAGAACUCGGCCAGCAUCGUCAUGGUCACGAACCUCGUGGAAGUGGGCAGGGUGAAGUGUGUGCGGUACUGGCCGGAUGACACGGAGGUCUACGGCGACAUCAAAGUCACCCUGAUUGAAACAGAGCCCCUGGCCGAAUACGUCAUACGCACCUUCACGGUCCAGAAGAAAGGCUACCACGAGAUCCGGGAGCUCCGCCUCUUCCACUUCACCAGCUGGCCCGACCACGGCGUCCCCUGCUACGCCACCGGCCUCCUGGGCUUCGUCCGCCAAGUCAAGUUUCUCAACCCGCCCGAGGCCGGGCCCAUCGUGGUUCACUGCAGCGCUGGAGCCGGGAGGACCGGCUGCUUCAUCGCCAUCGACACCAUGCUUGACAUGGCCGAGAACGAGGGCGUGGUGGACAUCUUCAACUGCGUGCGGGAGCUCCGGGCCCAGAGGGUCAACCUCGUGCAGACGGAGGAGCAGUAUGUGUUCGUGCACGACGCCAUCCUGGAGGCCUGCCUCUGCGGCAACACCGCCAUCCCCGUGUGCGAGUUCCGCUCGCUCUACUACAACAUCAGCAGGCUGGACCCGCAGACCAACUCCAGCCAGAUCAAGGACGAGUUCCAGACCCUCAACAUCGUGACGCCGCACGUGCGGCCCGAGGACUGCAGCAUCGGGCUCCUGCCCCGGAACCACGACAAGAACCGGGGCAUGGACGUGCUGCCCCUGGACCGCUGCCUGCCCUUCCUCAUCUCCGUGGACGGCGAGUCCAGCAACUACAUCAACGCGGCGCUGAUGGAUAGCCACAAGCAGCCGGCCGCCUUCGUGGUCACGCAGCACCCUCUGCCCAACACCGUGGCGGACUUCUGGAGGCUGGUGUUCGACUACAACUGCUCCUCUGUGGUGAUGCUGAACGAGAUGGACACCGCCCAGCUCUGUAUGCAGUACUGGCCUGAGAAGACCUCCGGCUGCUAUGGGCCCAUCCAGGUGGAGUUCGUCUCCGCAGACAUAGACGAGGACAUCAUCCACAGGAUAUUCCGCAUCUGCAACAUGGCUCGGCCUCAGGACGGGUACCGCAUAGUCCAGCACCUCCAGUACAUCGGCUGGCCCGCCUACCGGGACACGCCCCCCUCCAAGCGCUCUCUGCUCAAAGUGGUCCGGCGGCUGGAGAAGUGGCAGGAGCAGUACGAUGGGCGGGAGGGACGCACGGUGGUCCACUGCCUAAAUGGGGGUGGCCGCAGCGGGACCUUCUGCGCCAUCUGCAGCGUGUGUGAGAUGAUCCAGCAGCAGAACAUCAUCGACGUGUUCCACAUCGUGAAGACGCUGCGGAACAACAAGUCCAACAUGGUGGAGACCCUGGAACAGUAUAAGUUCGUAUACGAGGUGGCACUGGAAUAUUUAAGCUCCUUUUAG